AUGAUACUUACCUACAACAAAGCUAAAAAAGGAAUAGACAUUGCUGAUCAUCUGUCCAGUUACAACACGCCUGUUAGAAAAACGUUAAUCUGGUACAAAAAAGUUGCAACGGAUUUGCUGGCCAUAGCAGUGAUAAACUCUAUGAUAAUUUACAAUGAAUUACACCCUGAAAAAAAAGAAAGGUACACUGUUUUGGCGGCAAAUGAAGCAAUUGUGAAGAGAUUAUUGCAAAUUGAACCUGCUCAGCAGCAAACACGUGAAGCGCAACUACAGACGAGCACUUCACGUUUCCCCGUAAGACAAAGGCAAUACGAAAACCUGUCUUCAUCAUCAAGUACACUGGUAGAAUCUAAUAGGAUUUCACAUUUUUUAGAAAAUAUUGGCAAAGUAAGGGGCAUAUCUGUACGAAGACGUACUGUCUUCAAUGUUAUUCUGAAGUUCCUUUACAUAAAUAAAGCUUUUUUACUAAUAAACGCAAGCGAAGGCGCAGUCAACGCACCACCACCCAAUAAAUAA